AUGACAGGUCCACCACCAUUGACAGGAAUUCGCGUCCUCGAAUUUGCAGGUCUAGCUCCAGGACCUUUCGCCGGACUUCUUUUGGCAGAUUAUGGCGCAUCAGUCCUUCGUAUUGAUCGCGCAAUUCCCAAUCUCACCCAUACAUCCUCAAUUCCUCCUCCUACGGCCGAUCUCCUCACUCGACACAAAUCCUCUAUUGCAGUCGACCUCAAAUCAUCUGCUGGGAUAUCCUUCAUCAAGUCCCUCGUAGCCCAUUGCGAUGUGAUAAUCGAUCCAUUCCGACCUGGAGUUUUGGAGAAAUUGGGACUUUCACCCGAUGUUCUUCUACAACUCAAUCCACGCCUUAUUCUUGCCCGAAUGACGGGUUUCCGCCGUGAUGGGAAGUAUAAAGAUAUGGCCGGACACGAUAUAAACUACAUAGCAGUAUCAGGCGCUUUAUCACUUCUCGGACGAAAACAUGAAAAACCAUUACCACCAGCAAAUAUACUCGGGGAUUUUGCAGGAGGUGGAGCUGCGUUAUUCCAAGGCAUUUUACUCGCGUUGCUAGCCCGGGAGAAGAGUGGAAAGGGGCAAGUGGUGGAAGCGAAUAUGGUGGAUGGAAGUGCAUAUCUUGUAAGCUUUCCGAGAAUGUUGAGGAAAACUCCCAUGUGGAAUAAACCGAGAGGAGAAAAUACUUUGGACUCGGGAAGUCCGUAUUACGAUACGUAUAAAACGAAGGAUGGGAAAUAUAUGGCGGUUGGCGCUUUGGAACCGCAGUUUUUCAAAGAAUUGAUCAAAGGGUUGGGAUUGGAAGGAACUGGUAUAGAGAAGACGAGAGAAGAUAGAAAGACAUGGCCGGAAAUGAGGAAAACUUUCACAAGGUUAUUCAAGGCGAAAAUCAGAUCUGAGUGGGAGGCUAUUUUCGAUGGGACAGAUGCUUGUUGUACACCUGUUCUUGAUUACGAUGAGCUAGAGAAUGAUCCUUCCAGAGAAGGCGAUCAAAGGCCAAUGGUGACACUCAGAAAAACGCCAUCUCUCGCAAUGUCCACAAAUAGUAACCAGGACCCGUCGAUUGGUCAAGGACCCGGCGUGGAAGGAGGAAGCUACACCGGAAAACCGUUGUAUCCUGGAGAAGGUGGAGAAAAAACACUAAAUCAAUGGCUAGGGUGGAAAAGAGGGGAAAGUUAUGAUGUCGUAAAUGGUGGCUUGAUUGGAAAGAAGCAUUCGAAAUUAUAA